UUGGCCUGCCCACGUGGUCUCCCGACCCGGAAGUGCCCGGCGCCCACGUGGUGGGCGAGGAAGAUGCCGGAGCCGGGGCUGAAAAUCAACGCGGGCUUCGCGGCCCGCUACGGGCGCUACCGGCGGCGGGAGGAGCUGCGGCGGCUGCAGGAUCGCUAUGGGGCCGACGCGGGGGCCGGUGAGGAGUCCAGCUCGGAAUCGGAGGAAAGUGGGGAUGACGUGGAGCUGGACCCCCUGGAAGACAGAGAUUUCUAUCGCACUCUGGCCCUGCUGAAAACCAAGGACCCCAGGAUCUACGAGAAAGAUGCCACCUUCUACAGCCAAGCAAAUUCCUUGUCAGAAAGCGGGAGGGAGGUGGCCCCGAAGAGGAAGGAGAAACCCAUGUACCUGAAGGAUUACGAGAGAAAGGUGAUCCUGGAGAAGGAAGGCAAAUACGAGGAGGAUGAGGAGGACGAGGAAGCAGCAGCUGAAAGACAGAAGAGAGCUGCCUCCCAGAGCUAUGUUGAGGAGCAGAAGCGAAUCAAGGAGAGCUUCCGGCCAUUCGUGGCAGACAGCGAUGGGGAGGAGAGCGCGGGGGAGGGCGGCUCGGCCCUGCUGCAGAAACGGAUCAAGAGCACGGAGGAGACGGCGCGCGAGCAGGAGGGCUAUGUCAGCUGGCUCAAAGGGCAGGAUUUCCCCCCGGACCAGCAGCUCGAGGACCUGGCCCCGCUGAAGGAGUAUUGGAGCAACCCCGCGCUGGACCCCGGGGAGCGCUUCCUACGCGACUACAUCCUGAGCAAGGGCUACAGGGAGGAGGACGAGGAGGAGGAGGGAAGGCAACCUGGGGCCGUGUCCCCCCUGCGGCUGGAGGACUCCUCGGACGAGGGGGAGCUCUUCCUCAAGAAGCAGGAGGAGUUUGAGCGCAAGUUCAACUUCCGCUUUGAGGAGCCUGAUGCACAGCUGGUGAGGACUUAUCCCCGGACCAUCGCCAGCUCGGUGCGCAGGAAGGACGAACGGCGCAAGGAGAAGCGCGAGGAGAUCAGGGAGAGGAAGAGGAAGGAGAAGGCCCGGAAGCAGGAGGAGUUGAAGCAGCUGAAGAACCUGAAGCGCCAGGAGAUCCUGGCCAAGCUGGAGAAGCUGCGGGAGGCGACGGGCAACGCGACCGUCGGCUUCGGGGAGCAGGAGCUGGAGGGGGCCUUCGACCCGGCCGAACACGACCGGCUCAUGCAGAAGUUCUUCGGGGCCAAUUAUUACGGGGAAGGGGAGGAGGAGAAGCCGCAGUUCGAGGAGGAGGAGGGCGUGGAUGAUGGCUGGAACUGGGACAACUGGACCGGCCGGGACGCAGAGGGAGGCGAGUGGCCGGAGGAAGAGGGGAGCUAUGAGCCACACUGCGAGGACCCCAACUUCAUUAUGGACGCGGAUUACGACCCCCACGUGCGGCCAGGCCCCCCCCGGAAGCGGCAGAAGGAGCCUCCGACGUUGCUGGGGAAGAGGAAGCUCAAGACACGGUUCACGGAGGCCAUGGAGCGGGAGAAGCCCCCGUUCGACCCUGAGGUGGGCUCCUUCGAGCAGUACCUGGACGAGUAUUACCGGCUGGACUAUGAGGACGUGAUCGGCGACCUGCCCUGCCGCUUCAAGUACCGCACCGUGAUGCCCUGCGACUUCGGCCUCAGCACCGAUGAGAUCCUGGCCGCUGAUGACAAGGAGCUAAACCGCUGGUGCUCAUUGCGCAAGACCUGCAUGUACAGGUCGGAGAAGGAGGAGCUCCAGGACAAGGCUGCCUACACCCGCAAGGCCCAGAACACCAGCAAGAAGCAGCAGAUCCUCAAGUCCCUCUCCGCUGCCGCGGAGGAGGCCGGCGAGGACGAGCCGCGGCCCAAGCUGGGGAAGAAACCCCAGGACAAGGCGAAGCGGCGGCAGCUGGAGCAGGAGCCGCACGGCGCCGGGCUAACCGCGCGCCCAGAGGCCGAGGGGCCCUCGGUGCCCACGGCAGGGGCCCUCAGCCCCACCCUGUCCCCUGCUGGGCAGCCCGGGGGCCUGGCGGGGAAGGCCUCCCCUGGGCCCCAGGCAGGGCCGCGGCGGGGCCGGCGGGGGCGGCUGCUGGGCGCCAGGGUGCGGGUGGGCGGGCGGGAGUUCAGCGGGCAGAGGCUCCGGGCCUACGGGCUCAACCCGGGGCGCCUGCAGUGGCGCCAGCUCCACCGUCACCAGAGGAAGCAGCUGGCGCGCCAGACUCAGCGGGCCAAGGCGCCCGGACGCCAGGGUCCUGUGGGAAAAGCCGCCCGGGCCUGAGCACAGAGAGAGCCGGGGGCUCGCGUGGCUGGGUGCCGUCGCCUGGCAGCUGGGGGAGAGGGGCCCCAGGCCUGCCCUGGAACUGAGUGUGGGGGGCAACUCUCGCCCCUCCCCAGCAGCUGGGGUCACUGUCUCUACCCCUUCCUGCUACCAGCAGUGGGCUUGACGCCUGGUCUGGCUCCGUGCCUCAGUUUCCCCUGCUGGAGCAGGUGCACGGCAGGGUGGGGCUCAGUGUUUGGUGGCAGAGAGUGGAGCAAAGCCUGUUUCUCCCUCAGCGCCGCUGGGCCUUGUUCCCUUUUUUACACGGAUUCUGAAAUAAACCUCGGUCCAGUGCUCUGA